CCUCACUCAAUUGAAAAUCGCAAAAUGUACCAUAAAAAUGCCUCUAAAAUUCGCUAAUUACCCAUUUUUGGGUUCCAGAAAACGCAAAAGGCUAUGCCUAAUUACAACAACUCUGGUUUGUCUGCUAUUUAUAAUUUAUCAGUUUAUUAUGUAUUACAUGGUUUCCACUGAAAGCCCCAUUAAAAAUCCCUCUGUUAAGGCUUUGGUAAGGGGCACACAUUUCAAAGAAAACGCUUUUUACAAGUCCAUCGAAGGGAAAUUUACUUGUAUUAAAAGUGGAGAAGUUAUCGCAUUUGAUAAGGUAAAUGAUGAUUAUUGCGAUUGUGCCGAUGGUACCGACGAACCUGGUACCAGUGCUUGUCCAAAUGGUAUAUUUUAUUGUACCAACAAUAAAAAGUAUCCAAAAUUGAUUCCUUCGAGUAAAGUCAACGAUGGAAUUUGCGAUUGUUGUGACGGAUCAGAAGAAUAUAACAAUGAGAAUUUGAUAAGAAAUUUUGAUAGAACCCUGCAAGCAAAUACCAGGCAUUUUUUGGUACCUUGUCCAAAUACCUGUUAAAAGUGAUAUUUUUUUUGUUCAUUUAAUAAAACACAAAAUACUUACAA